AUGGAAAGCGCCAAAAUCAAUGCAAGAGAAAAGAUUUACAUGGUUCAUAGAAGUAAAAACAAGUUUUGGGAAAUCUGAAACCAAGGCUGCUCAAAUAUCGUAAGAUAUGGAAAACUCAAACUUAGCGAAGAAACUAAAGUUAUCAGUGGCUCUUCAGACUUUGAAAGCACUGAAGAAGCCUUAUCACGAGCUUUGGCACUAAUAAUCCUAAAACUACAAAAUGGCUACACAAUUAAGAAAACGCUUCAAAAUGUCCAAAAUCGCUUUACCUCAAUUCUCCAGAACAAAACAAACAGCCAACGACAAGUCAUUAUUGAUUUAGAGCCGCCAUCAAAGACCCCAGCUAGCCUUAGCAGCCCAGAAGACGGCUUAAAUUACCUUGCAAUCUACAGUUCAUCUGCAUCUCUCGAAGAAGUCUUGAAUUCUCUUAGCCUUAGCCAAUAUUUGCCUGCAUUCUACGACGAAGGCAUCUCUCUUUCUGAGUUUUACCAAUUAACCGCAGCUGAUUUAGAAAGGCUUUACAUCCCCCCGUCAGCCAGAAGAAAAAUUUUAAAGCUUUUAUCUCUUCAAUAA